UGUCGGGAGUUGGAAUCCCAACGUCAACACGAGGGCCACCGCUUCCCUCGUCCCUGCCCUGGGGAUCUCGGUCCUGGCAAGGGAUCCCAGCCGCGACCGCUGGGAGCCGCUCCUCCCUCGGCGCUCGCUGGACCUGCGGCUCUGUGCCAAGGCCGCUGGGAGGCGUUUCUCCCUCCUGGGCCCGCUGCUUAGGAGACGAAGGAGAGCCGCCAUUUUCUCGCCUCCCUAGCCCCUUCCUAGCGGUCGUAGGUGCUGGUGUGGGUAGAGGAGCCGCUUGGCCUCGGAAGCAACGGAGGAGCGUGGACUUGGGGUUCCCCUGAGGAUUCUGAUAUCUUCCUCUUGGGCAUGGAUGCUGCCAUUUUGGCACAUAAGAACUGGCACUAGGAGAAUUGAGGAAAUUUGUUGAAACCCUGUUCCUGAAGGAGGGAUGACAUGUAAUGGACAAGAUAACUGUGAAGCUUGUGUCACUCCAGAGGAUGAUCCUGACCAAGAGCUGGCUCAAGAGUGCUCCAGGCUACAAACAUUUGCCAAUUUCCCAAGUCACUGUCCUGUCUCCUCCUCAACUCUAGCCCAAGCUGGUUUCUUCUACACUGGAGAGGGAGACAAAGUGAAGUGCUUUAGUUGUCACAUAACUGUCGAAGGGUGGCAAAAUGGAGAUUCGGCAGUUAGACGACAUAGAACUAUUUCUCCAAACUGCAAGUUCAUUAAUGAUGUUAAGUUUUUGAAGAAUGAUAUGCAUUCUGUUGUCCCAAAUUGUCCAUGCACAACUGGAACCUGCUUCGCAGCUGCCACUGUCAACCCCCCUCUCGAUUCACCCUCUGAUCUCUGUGCAGAUUAUCUGUUGAGAAGUGGGCAAGUGGUAGAUCUCUCAGGUUCUCUGUACCCCAGAAAUCCUGCCAUGUGUAGUGAAGAAGCCAGGCUGAGAUCUUUUCACAACUGGCCGCCAUAUGCCCUUAUCACUCCCAGAGAGCUGGCCCAUGCUGGACUCUAUUACACUGGCACUGGUGAUGAAGUUGAAUGCUUCUGCUGUGGGGGGAAACUGAAAAACUGGGAACCUUCUGAUCGUGCUUGGUCAGAACACAGACGCCACUUCCCGAGGUGUUUCUUUGUCCUUGGUCGUGAUGUGGGAAACAUUGAAAGUGUUCCAAAUCAGUCUGGUGAUGCCAUCCUGGAUAGAAGUGAUGUACAUAAUGUCAGCUUUCCCCAAAAUCCGUCUAUGGCAGAUUAUGAGAAUCGAAUCAAGACAUUUGUGACAUGGAGGUAUUUGGUUAGCAAGGAGCAACUUGCCCAGGCAGGCUUUUAUAGCCUAGGUAAUGGUGAUAAUGUUGCUUGCUUUCACUGUGGUGGUGGACUACAAGAGUGGAAGGCAGAUGAAGAUCCUUGGGAGCAGCAUGCGAAAUGGUUUCCUGGGUGCAAAUAUCUGAUAGAAGAAAAGGGGCAACACUUUGUGAAUAACAUUCAUCUAACUGCACUACAGAAUUCUACAAUCGAGGAAGCUGAGAAGUCAUCACUUAUUAAAGAUGAGGACCUUUUACAGAACCAACUGGUACAGAAUGCCAUUCAUAUGGGUUUCAGCCUGGAUGAAAUUAGAAAUGCUGUCGAAAGGAAACGCCACCUGUCUUCAGAGGGCCAUGGGUCUGUUGAAGCACUGGUCGCUGACUUAAUCAAUGCUCAAAGAGGGAAUCAACACAAUGUAUCCUGGGAAAGCACCCUGCAAAAAGAUCUCAGUACUGAAGAGAAAUUAAGAAGUUUGCAGGAGGAAAAGCUUUGCAAAAUCUGUAUGGAUAAAACCAUCUCAGUAGUCCUCAUUCCUUGUGGACAUCUUGUGGCUUGUAAGGACUGUGCUGAAGCGGUUGACAAAUGUCCUUUGUGUUGCACAGUUAUUGCAAAAAGGCAGAAGAUAUAUAUGUAUUAGAAGUGCCAUACUAUGCACCUGGAAAACUGCCCUGCCAUUACAAAAAUAGAUUGACUGGUUGCAUAUGCAGUGUCAACACAGAAAUAGAUUUAAAGAAUGUUAAGGUUGAUUUGAAUGCACUGAUUUACUAUGAAUUAUGUAGCUGCUAAACUGUGUGCUCUUUAUCUGACUUUGAGCCCUGACGGCCUGACCCCAAGAGCCACUACAUAGGCAUGUUUGUAGAGUCAUCACAGCAUCAGAAAUCUGUCCUAGUGUUAAUGGUGGGCAACUCAUCACUUACCUUCGGACAUUCAGUUGGUUGACCACACGAGCAUCGUUUCACAACUCUCUCUUCACAGCAUGACCCAUUUAAGGGCUUUUAGAAGCCUAGUUCUCAUUGAGGUGGUAAGCCUGCUUCUGGGCUUUAUCACUGCAGGUGGGGAUUCACCUGACUUUUUUUUUAUAGCACAACAUUCACCCACCACCAUCAUCUGCAGUCUGAAGCAAUACAGCUUAGACAGAGGUUUAGCUGCUCAGUAAGAACUAAGUUGCAGUUGCCCUGAGGUCUUACCAAAAUCCUGUCCAUGUAUUUACAAUGGUAGAAGGGCUUGAAGAAUAUUUCACGGCAGGGAGAAUCGUAGACCAGCAUGGCAUUUAAGUCACUCAGGAUGCCUCUUCAGCUGCGGUGGCACAAGCCUGUGCAUUUUGGAAUCGGGUUUCCUUUCAUCCAUCUUUGUCAUGGAAGUGGAAAGCCUGCCAUAUCUCCAUUUUGUUUAUAGAUACUUAUUUUGUUAUUAUGUACCAAGAGUUUAGGGAAUGUUUUGUGAAUUCCAGAAUGGUGGGUUUUUUGUUUAAUUCUGAUUUAAUGACUCUUUAGUCUCCAGUUGAAUUGCCGACACGGAGUCUUCUGUGCUUGGAGGGCAUAUUCCAGAGCAAAUGAUUUGAAGGGAAUAGCUGCAAAUUAACCCUAUUUUGAGAUUAAAUUGUAUUCCAAAGUAACUACACCUACUGGUGUUAGACCUCGGGGCAUUUGUUGCCCACCCCCCCACCAGCAUCACUUGUUAUAUUUGAUACUGGUGUUCUGCUCCUUGACUUGGUGAAGAAUGGAUUUGUUGAGAUCUGAUGUGAUAUAUAUUGUCAUGUUGCUUACUAUUUUGGUAGGUCUGCUGGAACUCUAACUGAAGAUGUGUGUGGCUACCUAGAAAUACUAACAAGUCUGUAGAAUAUGGGCAUCAAAUAGUACAAUAUUACACCUACAAUCCUGCCCUAAGUUUUACAUUUGUUACUGAUACUGACUUAAAUGGGACUUUUACAUGAGAAUAAGGUAGGAGUUUCUGGGCUUGAUUCAGAACACUGAUAGGGCCACUAAAAUGGCUCCUCUUGGCUUGCAGGAAGGAGCAGCAUGGUGAGGCUGAGAAGUCUCUGAGCCACAGGGAUGGCAGUUGUUUGCUCGGGCUUCUGCAUGGCGCCCUGCAGUGCUGCUCUGUGCAGCUGCAUUGUGGAUCCAGCUUCAAAUCUACUAGUAAAUAUAUCUAAAUACCUCCAAAGUGUGCAGCAAUCAAGUACACUUUUGGAUAACAUUUGACGUUCCGCUUAUUUUACCGUUAUCUAAAAGUCACGUUUUGAAUGCAGUGCUCAUCUAUUAAGUACAAUCAACCUAAUGCUGCUGUUUAUUCUCUGUUUAUUUCAAUGAGGUUUGUGCAAGAAGCACAGCCUUAUCAACAUGAGUUAAUACUGCGUAUUAGCACUGUUGGGUAAUUUAUCCAACCUGUUAUAUCUUUGCAGCUUUCAUUCUAAUCCGUUUGUGCUGGCAACACAAGAAUAUGAUUUGUACACAGAAAAGGCAUUCACAGCAUUUGUUCACGCUCUCCGCUUUCACUUUGCUUAAAAGUAUUUUUUUUAAAAAUUAAUACUGACAGCAUGUUUAAACUAUGCAUAUCUUGCAGGCAAUAUUAAAACACGCUUAUGCGUACAAAUAGAUUUGGAAUCUAACUGUACAAUAAGCUUUGAUUGUAAAUAUUGUUGAUCCUUAACAGAAAAAUAAUGGGUCUUCCCCCCGCCCCCAAUCAAAGUCUUGAAUUGAGCAAGCAUAUUCCAAUGUCCUGACAGGAGAUAUAUUUUUUUAAAAUUAUCAUGUAAUAUAAUCUUAGAACACUGAUUUGCAGUUCUAUUUUGAUGAAUUUUAAUAAAGUUAUUUUUAUUAUGUA